AUGCCGUCCACACACAUCCAACCACUGCCGCCCUUGACGCCCGACCUCCACGAACGCGCCUGGUCCUCCACGCCCCAUCCCACUCUCCCGCUCCUCGCGACGGCGCACGCCAAGUCGGUCACGGUCUUCUCCCUCACCACCUUGACGCCGCACUCCAACCUCACCGGAGGACACACGCGAUCCGUGCGCGCCGCAUCAUGGAAGCCCAACCUGCCGCCCCACAAGCUGUGUCUCGCGACGGGCAGCUUCGACUCCACCGCGGGCAUAUGGCGAUGGGAGGAUCGCGGGGCCGAGCACGAGACGGAGAUCAGGAACGGGCGUGAUGGGAACGAGAAGGAAGAGGAGGAUGACUGGGAGUUCACGCUCGUCCUCGAGGGCCACGACUCGGAGAUCAAGAACUGCAUCUUCUCCCCCUCGGGGGCGCACAUUGCCACCUGCUCGCGGGACAAGUCCGUUUGGAUAUGGGAGGAUAUUGGCGCCUCCGAGUCGGACGACGACUGGGAGACGAUUGCCGUCCUGAACGAGCACGAGGGCGACGUCAAGGCGCUCGCCUGGUGUCCCGAACUCCCCGGCCGCUCGAGGAAGGGUACCUUUGGCGUGGAGUGCCUGGCGAGCGCGAGCUACGACAACACCGUCCGCGUAUGGCGCGAGGACGGCGACGCCGAGUGGGUCUGUGUCGCCGUGUUAGAGAAACACGAGGGCACAGUCUGGGGCGUGCAGUGGGAGGGUCGACCCCGGAAGGGCGACAAGUUCCCCCGGAUCUUGUCCUUCUCGGCGGACGGGACAAUACGCAUCUGGACCCUGGCCCAGCCGUCGAACGAGGAUGGCCAGGAGGACGGCGCCGCGCAGGGCAGGAACGCGCUGGGAGGCAUACCGAACACCAUGCGCCAGUCACUGCGGGAGGACUGGGUUUGCACGGCGACGUUGCCAAAGGUCCACGAAUCGGACAUCUACGCCGCUACUUGGAGCGCCACAACAGGUCUUGUGGCCAGCACGGGGAGCGACGGUACAUUGGCGCUCUACAGGGAGAACGAGGAGACGGGCGAGUGGUCACUGCUCGAGUCCUUGCCGAAUGCACAUGGCCCUUACGAGGUGAACCACGUAUCUUGGUGUCGACGGUGGGAUAAGGGGGUCGACCCGUCUAGGAGAGGCGUUGAGGAAAUGCUGAUCACAACCGGCGACGACGGCCUCGUCAAGCCGUGGGGAGUCCAAGCAUAG